UUUCCAGGGUAGAGACCUGGGCGCAGGGGCUGAACCGGAGUCUCCCUCUGCUCCCCUUUCUCCUUCCCCGGAGUCCGUCGAUGACCUCAGGGGCGGAACUGAGAGUCUUUGGGAGAUGAUAGAAAGUGACAUUUCGUCCAUAAUGUCAGGAAUUAUUCGAAACUCUGGGCAAAAUCAUCACCCCUCUCCACAGGAAUACAGGCUCAUAGCUGCCACCAGUGAUGAAGACCUCCCAGGGGACCUGCAGUCGCUGUCGUGGCUCACGGCCGUGGACGUGCCUCGGCUACAGCAGAUGGCAAGUGGCCGCGUGGACCUGGGCGGCCCCAGUGCGCCACAUCCACACCCAGGUGCCUUGUCUGGGGUGGCUGACCUCCACGUAGGAGCCACCUCAGGUCCCCUGCUCCAUGGCCCAGCUGGCAUGGCCCCCCGAAGUGUGCUGGGCUUGGGCCCCAUAACUAGCCAUGGAGCCAGCAUGAGCCCGUUUCCCGUGGGGGGCCCGCCCUCAUCUGGCCUGCAGGACGCAUCACAGCUGUACCCACCUGCCACUCAACCUCAAUUCCCGCUCCCCGCAGGCACCCAGCAGUGUCCUCCCGUGGGCCUCUUUGGCUCCCCAUUUGGGGUGCGGCCUCCCUACCCCCAGCCCCACAUCGCUGUGCAUUCAUCGCAGGAACUGCACCCCAAACACUACCCCAAGCCCAUCUACUCAUACAGCUGUCUGAUUGCCAUGGCCCUGAAGAACAGCAAGACAGGAAGCCUGCCUGUGAGUGAGAUCUACAGUUUCAUGAAGGAGCACUUCCCCUACUUCAAGACGGCACCUGACGGCUGGAAGAACUCAGUGCGGCACAACCUGUCCCUGAACAAGUGCUUCGAGAAGGUGGAGAACAAGAUGAGUGGGUCCUCUCGCAAGGGCUGCCUGUGGGCCUUGAACCUGGCCCGCAUCGACAAGAUGGAGGAGGAGAUGCACAAGUGGAAGAGAAAGGACCUGGCCGCCAUCCACCGGAGCAUGGCCAACCCCGAGGAGCUGGACAAGCUGAUCUCGGACCGGCCGGAAAGCUGCCGGCGCUCUGGCAAACCCGGGGAGCCCGAGGCUCCUGUGCUGACUCACGCCACCACGGUGGCCCAUGGCUGCCUGGCCAUGUCCCAGCUCCCACCCCAGCCGCUGAUGACCCUUUCUCUGCAGUCAGUCCCCCUGCACCACCAGGUGCAGCCCCAGGCGCAUCUCGCUCCAGACUCUCCAGCCCCAGCCCAGACACCGCCCCUGCAUGCCCUGCCAGCCCUGAGCCCCAGCCCCCUCCCGCACCCAUCCCUGGGAAGGGCUCCCGUGGACUUCGUCAACAUCAGCACCGACAUGAACACCGAGGUGGACGCCUUGGACCCCAGCAUCAUGGACUUUGCUCUGCAGGGGAACCUGUGGGAGGAGAUGAAGGACGAAGGCUUCAGCCUGGAUACGCUGGGAGCCUUUGGAGACUCCCCGCUUGGCUGUGACCUGGGGGCGUCAGGCCUGACCCCCGUCUCGGGCGGCAGUGACCAGUCCUUUCCAGACUUGCAGGUGACAGGUCUCUACACCACGUACUCCACCCCGGACAGUGUGGGCGCAUCGGCCCCCACUGCGUCCUCCCAGUACCUGGGCACACCAGGGAACAAGCCCAUCGCCUUGCUCUGAGCUGAUGCCCUCAGCUGCCCAGCAUCCUGGCAGCUGGCUCCUGCCCAGAACUGUCCAGAGCAGGGUCUUCCAGGAAAAAGACCCCCUCAUCCUCCCACAGACAUCUGAACCAGCAGCUGGCUGGGCAGGGAACAGUCCCUCUUGGCACCCUGUCUUCUCACACCUCCUCCAGGAAGCCUCUGGGGCUUUCCAGAGUCAAAGACAAGAGAGCAGCUGGGGACCAGCCUGUCCCUGGUCCUGAUACUCUGAGACUUUAGCUGCCAUCCCAGCUGUGCUGAGGACCAGAGUCCCCUGGCUGAGCCCUCCUCGGAGACCUGCAAUGCACUUGGGGUGUCUUGGUGCCCUGUGAAAACACUCCCCUGGGAAGGCCUUUUAACUUAUUAUUCGGGGAGAUCAGCUGAGCUGGAUGGAACAUCUGUCUCGACCCCCAGUGGACAUGUCCUGAGGCUGGGAGGGAACCCAGGGACCUUGAACUUCUCUUGGCUGGAAUAGGCUGAACUCUGGCAUGGGGCCUGCCCAGGCACCUUCCGUUGUCUGUUAGAAUUUCAUAGAAUGUGCUCCUGGGCCACUUGGCUGCUGCGGACGAGUGUACACUUAUUUAUAUUUAUUGUGGGUUAUCAUCCCCAUCCGUGAACCCAGACCGAGGCCCUGGAAUGAAAGUCCUCAUUACCCCCACGUCCUGGGCUGUCCUAACUCCUAAAUUAUCAGUGAAUCAACCUUUAACCGGCUCCUAAGCCCUUGGUAGCCUGGAGCUUCUUUUUAGAACAAGCACGCACUUUUGAUACUGUGAAUACUCUUUUAAUAUUAGAGAUCAGAUAUUUUUCUAACUGUUCAGUCACGAUUCAGAUCUCUUCCCAUGUGCACCCAAGGGGGGUUGUGCUAUUGUUUGGGUUUGAGGGGAUUUCUAAAGGCAAAACAGAGUGGGCAUGGGAGGAGUUGGAUGGGGGACACUUUUUGUGCUGGGACUUCGACACCCCUCCUGGAAAGAAAGUCAAGUGUGACCCAGGUGAAGCCUGACCACGCAGCGAUGAGGACUGAGGAAGCUGCAGGGCAGAGUAUUUAUAGGCACUGGCUUGUCUUUGUCCUGCACCCAUUUUUGUGUUUCUUUUUCUUUCAUUGCCAAUUCCUGAUCUUGUGAGUGGCAAGUUCUGCAGACAGGUGAGUUAGCUGGGAGACAAGGGAGUGAUGGGGGGAUGAGAAGGCAAAGGCGAAAACGGCUCCUCCCGCUAAGCCCAGACUAAACGGCAGCUGUAGCAACAGGCUCGUCCUCCUCCCCCGACCCAGCGCUGUCCCAUGGAUGGAGUUCCGUGCCUGAGAGUGUCCGAGCCUUCGAGCCAGAACGUUCCGGUUAACCAACAGGCCCGCCGGCCACCUGGGAGGUUGGCAUUCAGCCUUGUCUCGAAGAGCCUUGUUUUAAAGUCCUUCUUAGUUCUGAACUUUCUGCUGGGUAUCUGUCAUCUUUAGACGCAUCCUAGCUCAGGCCGUCUGACCAGCACCGCUCAGUGCUUUAUGUACCAUGAACUCCAAGAAGUUAAGAUGUUGAAAUUGUUAAUGAAGACCCCAUGUUCGGGCCGC